CACGCUCUACAUUUAUCUGGGGGUUGGCCUUUAUUAGGCCACCGCACAUGCAAAUGAGCUCUGCAAUAACUUGGAAACAGGGGAGGAGGAUCAGUAUAGCGAUGGAACUCCUACACCCAUCCAACACACUACAGUAAGCGACAGCCAACGCAGGACGAGUUCCAGCUUCUCUGAACAAACAUCAACAACAGUUGGUAGAGUCUGCAUGCUUUCUUAACCGUGGUCCGUGGGUGCAAGUGUUUAUAUACAUCCCGCGCCCUUAGAACCAGGCCACUCAGUUUGCGCGAGGGCAACUCCGCGCCAAACUUGCCCGACACACUGUUCUCAAUUCUGCCGCCGCGAUCAGAAAAAUGGCAGGUCUGCCAGGCGGCGGCCGCCUCGCUCUCUUCUGCGUCUUGGCUGUUUCGUGCAUUGCGCUCGCGGCGCGCACCUCCGACGCCACCGGGCGGGACGCUGGCGUCGGCACCGACAAGCACCCCAUCAGGUACGCCGCGCCUCCGCCACCGCCGAUGUCGUCCGAGCCGCGGGCAUGCGAGUUCGAGAACUUGCGCCUGUACAAGGCGUACCUCGUGAUCAAGAAGUUCAAGAAGACGGUGACCCGCGACCCCAAGGGCGUCACCAGCACCUGGACCGGCACCGACCUCUGCGGCUCCUACAAGGGCUUCUUCUGCGAGCGGCCGCGCAACAUCCCUGACAGGACCGUCGCGUCCGUCGACUUUAACGGCUACCAGCUGCAUGCCGACUCCCUGCAGGGCUUCGUGGACGGCCUCCCGGACCUGGCGCUGUUCCACGCCAACUCCAACAACUUCGGCGGCGCCCUGCCCAACCUCAACAAGCUGCAGUACUUCUACGAGCUGGACGUGAGCAACAACAGGCUCGCGCCCGCGCCGUUCCCGACGGACGUGCUGGGCCUCGCCAACGCCACCUUCAUCGACAUCCGCUUCAACAGCUUCUUCGGCGAGCUGCCGGCGGGGAUCUUCUCCUCGUUCCCGGAGGUGCAGGCCAUCUUCGUCAACAACAACCAGUUCUCCGGCAACCUCCCGGACAACCUCGGCGACUCCCCCGUGAACUACCUCUCCCUCGCCAACAACCAGUUCACCGGGCCGAUCCCCGCGUCCAUCGCCCACGCCGCCGACACGCUCCUCGAGGUGCUCUUCCUCAACAACAUGCUCAGCGGCUGCCUUCCCUACGAGCUCGGCCUGCUCGCCCAGGCCACGGUCAUCGACGCCGGCACGAACCGGCUCACGGGCCCCAUCCCGUGCUCGUACGCGUGCCUGCGGAACGUGGAGCAGCUCAACCUGGCGGACAACCUCCUCUACGGCGUGGUGCCCGACGCGCUCUGCCGUCUCGCCACCGACGGCCACCUCGCCAACCUCACGCUCUCCGGCAACUACUUCACGUGGCUGGGGGAAUCCUGCUGGGACCUGAUCAGCGAGGGGAAGCUCAACGUCGACCGCAACUGCAUCCCUUAUGCGCCCAACCAGCGGUCCUACGAGGAGUGCGCCGAGUUCUUCCACGAGAACUGGACCAAGAUGACGACGUGCCCCGUCAACUUCCACGUGCCAUGCGAGGACCACCACGAGGGCUACGGCAGUGUGGACGCCGGCAGGGAGGAGGCGAAGGCGGCGGAGGAGUACCAGUACCGGACCUACUCGGCACUGAAACCGUAAGGCCCAGACCGGCCGGCGAGGGCACGUACGUACAGGUGUUUAAAGGAAGAAAGCACUGUCCGGCCGUCUCGUGAACGUGCGUAUGCGACACGGCGCAGAGCUAGCUGCUUCGUCGUUGCGACGGCUGGUUUGGUUGAUCCAUAUUGUUGUCGUGUGUACUUUUCUAGUAGUUGUGUUCCGUUCAUCAUCCACUGUUACGGCCCACUUAUAGUUCAGGUGCUUUGCAUGGUAUGUGUACUACCCGGCAUGCCUCGACGUGGUCAUAGGUCACAAGUCACAAUUCACAAGUGACUGAGUUUCAUUUAAUGAAUCAUAACGAUAACGAUAAUGCAGAUCGAUCAUUCAAGCUAGGGACAGCUAGGUGGUUGUGAGUUGUGACCUUGAGAAAGAUGUGCUUGUACUAGUAGUUCUCAAUUUAUGUUUUUUUUUCAUUUUUCUCCAUAAGUGUAAUGAAUCUGUGCAGAUGUCAUCGUGUUGUAUUAGGAUCCUGAUUUUGUUCA